CCCCGUCGUUCCCCGUCGUUUCAUCGUGUGCUGAAAAUUCGCUGUCAGGCUCUCGCCUUCCGGUGAGCUGAAGCGGAAGCCUGCCGAUGAGCUCGCCCGGCGAAGCGAGCGCUCCGUCCGCUCCGGCGAGCGGCGGCUCCGCCUUCGCGGAGAGAGCCUCCGAGAAGGUCCUAGCUCGAUACCGCGCUCUGCCGAAGAAAGGGAAGCCUCAGGGGCGCGAGGUCACCGUCCUCGCCGCCUUCCUCUUCUCCUCUCCUUCUCGAGAACUGGAAGUGGUUUCGCUCGGAACGGGGACGAAGUGCAUCGGGCGAUCUUUGCGGAGCCUCCGCGGCGACGUCGUGAACGAUUCUCAUGCUGAAAUCAUCGCGCGGAGAGCUCUGAUGAGGUACUUGUAUGCUGAGAUCCAACGACUUAAAAUGUCUUAUGGUAAUGAUGGAAACGAUGUUCGUGAUUGUAAAUCCCCGCUCGAGCCGAUCAUAGAAGGCCACGACGAGGGGAAGUACAGAAUGAGGGUGGGUUGGCAAUUACAUCUGUACAUAUCACAGUUGCCAUGUGGAGUCGCUUCUCCCUCCUCCCCGUUGCCUCAUAAAAUAGCUGCAAUGAUAGAAGAAAAUGAAGUCGAGGUGCCAUCAAUGGUGAAAGACACAGAAGGAAGGGUUGCAGAGGAUAUGUUGAGGAAACAUGGAGAUGACUUACCAAUCAUUGCCUCUGUUCAGAGAAAGCCUGGACGUGGUGAUACUACAUUGUCAGUCUCUUGCUCAGAUAAGAUAGCAAGAUGGAACAUUGUUGGUGUUCAAGGUUCUUUGCUUUCCUACUUCCUCGAACCAGUUUACCUGUCUUCUGUGAUAGUUGGACAGUCUCCACAUAAUCCUGAAGAGAUUUUGGUGCAGAAUAAGCUGCAGCAUGCUCUAUAUGAAAGAAUAUUAUGCUUUCCACUAGAGCAAUUAAGUCCCUUCCGAUUGAACAAGCAGCCAUUGUUCUUGGUCGGCCCAAUACCGCCUGUGGAAUUCCAGCAUUGUGAGAAUGCUGCUGCAACUCUAACAUGCGGAUAUUCAUUAUGUUGGAACAAGUCUGGGUUGCAUGAGGUUAUUCUUGGAACCACGGGAAGGAAACAAGGUACCUCUGCCAAAGGGGCAUGCUAUCCAUCUACCGAGUCAUCUCUGUGCAAGUGGCGGGUAUUGGAGAUUUUCUUGUCACUCAAGCAUGAGGGUGCAGCCAACAAGCCAUGCAAUGAGACUACUUAUCUAGAAUACAAGGAAGGAGCUCAGUCUUACAGGUUAGCUUCGAAGGCUUUAAAAGAUACAACCCCUUUUAUCAAUUGGCAGUUGAAACCUUUCAAUCAUGAGGCCUUUACUAUCUCGAGCUAGUUUGCUGUCAAUGAUCACACGUGGUGUCCUUCCUUUGGUUAUCAUCUCAUUUUCCUUUUACUAUACAUUUUUGUAGGAGAAUUUCUCUUAAGUUUCCAACUCAUUAUCAACUCUCUCCAGUUAAUCAGAACAUUGACAGAAACACAUUGAUUUACUGAAAGGCAGAGGUCAAGCGUUUAA